UGUUCUUCCGUAUAUCGACGGAACGCUGGGCUCCCGGAUUUGGUUGUUGUGUACGUGGACCAAACCAGCGCAUGCGCAUGCAGGGUCUCGGGCUCAGCUGUGCGGGAAGAGCUGAGGGUAGCGUCCCGGGCUCGCGGGAGGCAGUCGCGGUCAUGGCCGCCCGCUGACAGGGCCAGCUAAGGGGAAGAGGGGGUUGAAGCCGUUCUUCUGCACCCUUCCCCGUGCCCGAGGCCUUCUCUCUUGGUGCUGUCGCCGCCACCGCGGCGGCUGAGGCGGGGCGAUGAGUUGGUUUAACGCCUCCCAGCUCUCCAGCUUCGCUAAGCAGGCCCUGUCCCAGGCGCAGAAGUCCAUCGACAGGGUCUUGGACAUCCAAGAAGACGAACCGAGCGCCUGGGCCGAGACCAUUCCAUACGGAGAGCCGGGAAUAAGUCCUACUGUCAGUGGAGGAUGGGAUACUUCAAGUUGGGGGUUGAAAUCAAACAGCGAACCUCAGAGUCCACCAAUAGCCUCUCCUAAAGCAAUUACAAAGCCAGUUCGGAGGACUGUAGUAGAUGAAUCUGAAAAUUUCUUCAGUGCCUUUCUUUCUCCAACGGAUGUCCAGACCAUUCAGAAGAGUCCAGUGGUAUCAAAACCUCCAGCUAAAUCACAGCGACCAGAAGAAGAAGUCAAAAACACCUUACAGGAAUCCUUACAUACUGGACAGGCAAGAACUACUGAAACAAAUGAAUCAAAAGUAAAUGACUCUUCUUUGUGCGUAUCAGGGGAAACUCUCGCAGAAGAUACUCCACCAACUAAAACUGAAGGCAAACGUGAAGAAUCUGUUAAUAAAGAAUCUGAUAUGAAGGUGCCAACUGUUCAUUUGAAAGUAUCUGAAAGUGUAGUUAAUGUAAAAACGACUACAGAAAAUGUAUCUAAUAUAUCUACACAGUCUCUCACAGCAGAAACAAAGGACCUGGCUUUAGAAGCUAAGGAACAAAAACAUGAAGACAGACAGAGCAAUACACCUUCCCCUCCUGUGAGUACCUUCUCAUCAGGUACUUCUACCACCAGUGAUAUUGAAGUUUUAGAUCAUGAAAGUGUGAUAAGUGAGAGCUCAGCAAGUUCGAGACAAGAGACUACAGAUUCAAAAUCAAGUCUUCAUUUGAUGCAGACAUCUUUUCAGCUUCUCUCUGCGUCUGCUUGUCCUGAAUAUAAUCGUUUAGAUGAUUUUCAAAAACUCACUGAGAGUUGCUGCUCGUCUGAUGCUUUUGAAAGAAUAGACUCAUUUAGUGUGCAGUCAUUAGAUAGCCGGAGUGUAAGUGAAAUAAAUUCAGAUGAUGAAUUGUCAGGCAAGGGAUAUGCUUUAGUGCCUAUUAUAGUUAAUCCUUCAGCACCAAAAACUAAGGUAAUUGAAUCUGUUGAAGGAAAAUCUGAAGAAGUAAUAAAUGAAACAUUAAUUAUACCCACUGAGGAAGCAGAAAUGGAAGAAAGUGGACGAAGUGCAACUCCUGUUAACUGUGAACAGCCUGAUACCUUGGUUUCUCCUGCACCAAUAAAUGAAGGACAGACUGUCUCAGACAAGGUGGCCGAGCAAUGUGAAGCUUCUGAAAGUCAGCCAGAAGUGCUUUCUGAGAAGGAAGAUGUUUGCAAGACAGUUGAAUUUCUGAAUGAGAAACUGGAGAAAAGAGAGGCUCAGUUAUUAUCUCUUAGUAAAGAAAAAGCACUUCUAGAAGAAGCUUAUGAUAACCUGAAAGAUGAAAUGUUCAGAGUGAAAGAAGAAAGCAGUAGCAUUUCUUCCUUGAAAGAUGAGUUUACUCAAAGAAUUGCAGAAGCAGAAAAGAAAGUUCAACUAGCCUGCAAAGAGAGAGAUGCUGCUAAAAAGGAAAUCAAAAUGAUAAAAGAAGAACUUGCCACUAGAUUAAAUACUAGUGAAACUUCAGACCUCUUGAAAGAGAAAGAUGAGCAGAUCCAAGGGUUAAUGGAAGAAGGAGAAAAACUUUCAAAACAGCAGCUUCAUAAUUCUAACAUCAUUAAGAAACUAAGAGCUAAAGACAAAGACAAUGAAAAUAUUAUUGCAAAGCUGAACAAAAAAGUUAAAGAACUAGAAGAGGAGUUGCAACAUUUAAAACAGGUCCUUGAUGGCAAAGAAGAGGUGGAGAAACAACAUAGAGAAAAUAUUAAAAAACUGAAUUCUGUGGUAGGACGCCAGGAAAAGGAUCUUGGCCAACUUCACGUAGACAUGGAUGAACUUGAAGAAAAGAACCGAAGUAUUCAGGCUGCCCUGGAUAGUGCAUACAAAGAACUUACUGAUCUUCACAAAGCCAAUGCUGCGAAGGACAGUGAGGCACAGGAAGCUGCUCUGAGCCGUGAAAUGAAAGCUAAAGAAGAGCUUUCUGCAGCAGUGGAGAAGGCCCAAGAGGAAGCCCGAGAGCAGCAAGAAGCAUUAGCAAUUCAGGUGGGUGACCUUAGGCUGGCACUGCAGCGUGCAGAACAAACAGCUGCCAGAAAAGAGGAUUAUUUACGCCAUGAAAUCAGUGAACUGCAGCAGAGACUCCAGGAAGCAGAGAAUCGAAACCAAGAACUGAGUCAAAGUGUUUCAUCAACAACAAGACCAUUGCUUCGGCAAAUAGAAAAUUUACAAGCAACACUAGGGUCCCAGACAUCAUCAUGGGAGAAGUUAGAGAAGAAUCUUUCUGACAGGCUUGGUGAAUCCCAGACCUUAUUGGCAGCGGCCGUUGAAAGAGAACGUGCAGCAACGGAAGAACUCCUUGCCAACAAAAUUCAGAUGUCUUCCAUGGAAUCACAGAAUUCUCUCUUAAGACAGGAAAACAGUAGAUUUCAGGCUCAGCUAGAAUCAGAGAAAAAUAGGCUAAGAAAACUGGAGGAUGAAAAUAAUAGGACAUUGUUGAAUAGUCAGUUAGAAAUGGAAAGAAUGAAAGUUGAACAAGAAAGAAAGAAAGCCAUUUUCACUCAAGAAGCAAUAAAAGAAAAGGAACGCAAGCCAUUUUCUGUUUCUAGCACUCCCACCAUGUCACGCUCAAGUUCAAUAAGUGGAGUUGAUAUGGCAGGACUACAGACAUCUUUUCUGUCUCAGGAUGAGUCUCACGAUCACUCAUUUGGACCCAUGUCUGCAUCAGCAAAUGGAAGCAAUCUUUAUGAUGCUGUAAGGAUGGGAGCAGGAUCAAGCGUUAUUGAAAAUCUACAGUCUCAGCUAAAGCUAAGGGAAGGAGAAAUUACUCAUUUACAGUUAGAAAUUGGCAAUCUAGAAAAAACUCGAUCAAUAAUGGCUGAAGAAUUAGUUAAAUUAACAAAUCAAAAUGAUGAACUUGAAGAGAAGGUAAAGGAGAUACCUAAACUUCGAACUCAGCUAAGAGAUUUGGAUCAAAGAUACAACACUAUUCUGCAGAUGUAUGGAGAAAAAGCAGAAGAGGCAGAAGAACUUCGAUUAGAUCUUGAAGAUGUAAAAAAUAUGUAUAAGACUCAAAUAGAUGAGCUUUUAAGACAAAGGCUUAGUUAACUUGUGAAAAUUGAACUCCCAUCAAACUGAAUGUAAACACUUAAUAUCUAAAUGCAGACUUCCAAUAAAUUCUUUUAUAGAAUUA